GGUCCCCAUCCUCUGUACCGUCCAGCGAAGAAACGCCUCGUGCCAUGCGAGGAUCCCCUUUGCGCUGCGUUGCACGAAUCAACGAACCACGAAGCUGGAUGCGGGAUACCCGAACAAUGCGACUACGAGAUCGAGUACCAAGAUCAUGGCUCCUCCAUCGGCGUCCUGCUCUCCGACUCCUUUGCACUCCGUUUAACCAACAGCUCUCUCGCCCAGCCCACCCUCGCCUUCGGCUGUGGCUACGACCAACAAGCUGGGCCAUCGUCAGGUCCCAAUGGGCGCUCGCCGACUGACGGCGUGCUUGGUCUCGGCAACGGGAAAGUGAGCAUACUAUCUCAGCUGAGCGAGCUCGGCAUCUGCCGGAGCGUCGUUGGUCAUUGCCUGAGUAGGCAGAGCGUCGGAUUUAUGUUCUUUGGGGAAAACGUGGUGCCUCCGCGGAGUGUGACUUGGAUACCUUUGUCUCGCAAUGCCGCGCAUGGAUAUUACUCGCCGGGUGUGGCUGGAGUAUACGCUGGAAAGCAGCAGCUGGGGGUGAGGCAAGCUGUGGUCUUUGAUAGUGGGAGCUCUUACACGUACUUCAAUGAUCAGCUGUACCAGUCCUUGCUUUCUGCG